AUGACGAAUGUCACGCCAUGUGCAGCAUGUGUUUCCUGUGCCAUGUGUUGCUUGGGGUCGCCCGGCCAUGAGCGCGGGCGUCGCAGCCAGCAUGACUCGGCGCGGCGGAGCGCAGUUGGACUGACCACAUGUUUCCCUUCCCGCAGGUGGCUCGAGGACGAGAGCGACGAGGACGACGCCGCCGGAGGAGCGGGCGGCGGAGGCUUCCCUGAGGACCAGGGAGAGCCCGAGGGAGGGGGGCGAGACCCCUCCGGCCCGGGCGAACGGGAGGACCCCCCCGGGACCACCAACGACCCCCCUGCGCCCUCCGCCGCGCCCGGAGGUCAGGGCGCUCCCGAGGACACCACGGCGGCGGCAACGGCGGCGGCGCGUGCCUUGAGCGGCAGGGCCCGGGGAGGGGGGUCAGGGUCCCCGUCCGGGCGGGCCCCCUCCCCCCCCGCCGCUGGCCAGAGCCCGGCCGCCUCGCCCCUCGCUCGCCACAGUCUGCCACGGGGCACUCAGCGUCACCCACGCCCGACUCACCUCGCUGCCCCGCGCCUUCCCUCCCGCCCACGCCACGCCCGCGACGCCCACGGGGCCCAGUGCCGUGCCAGUGACCGAGUGCCACCGUGCGAGGAGGCGCAGUUCGAGUACGAGGAGGAGCGUUCGUACGAGCAAAUCUUCGAGGAGUUCGAGGACGAGCGCGAGAGCCCGGACCGCGCCGCUAGCCGACGGCGCCUCUGA